CCGACGCGGCCGCAGCAGCAGUAGCGAAGGGGACCGGCGGCUUCCAGGGGCUGCGUCUACUGCAACCUCUUUACUGCUGCGACGUGCCUCCAGGCUCCCAACUCAUAUGCGGGGCGCCUGUGGCUCUCUGCCUGCUCUUCACCUGGCACCUACCUGCUCAAGGCCGGGUCCUUGCCGUGCCCCGACAGGGCGCGUGCCACAGGCCCGUAGGGUACCGCGGAGCGCUCGCACCAUGGGGCCGCCGCCUGGGGCCGGGGUCGCUGGCCGCGCUGGCUGCGGCUCUUCCCGAUUGCUGGCCUGGUGCUUCUUACUGGCUCUGAGUCCACAUGCCCCUGCUUCCCGGGGGGCCGAAGCAGUGUGGACCGCGUACCUCAACGUGUCCUGGCGGGUUCCGCACACCGGAGUGAACCGCACAGUAUGGGAGCUGAGCGAGGAGGGCGUGUACGGCCAGGACUCGCCCCUGGAGCCCGUGGCUGGGGUCCUGGUACCACCGGACGGGCCCGGAGCGCUCAACGCGUGUAACCCGCACACGAAUUUCACGGUGCCCACCGUUUGGGGAAAUGCUGUCCAAGUCUCUUGGUUGGCUCUCAUCCAGCGUGGCGGGGGCUGCACCUUCGCAGACAAGAUCCAUCUGGCUUAUGAGAGAGGGGCUUCUGGAGCCGUCAUCUUUAACUUCCCGGGGACCCGCAAUGAGGUCAUCCCCAUGUCUCACCCGGGUGCAGGAGACAUUGUUGCAAUCAUGAUUGGCAAUCUAAAAGGAACAAAAAUUCUACAUUCUAUUCAAAGAGGCAUCCAAGUAACAAUGGUCAUCGAAGUAGGGAAAAAACAUGGCCCUUGGGUGAAUCACUAUUCAAUUUUCUUCGUUUCCGUGUCCUUUUUCAUUAUUACUGCAGCAACUGUGGGCUAUUUUAUCUUUUAUUCUGCACGAAGACUACGGAAUGCAAGAGCUCAAAGCAGGAAGCAGAGACAAUUAAAGGCAGAUGCUAAAAAAGCUAUUGGAAGGCUUCAGCUACGCACAUUGAAACAAGGAGACAAGGUACAUUUACUGCUUUUAACCGCUAGUUGUGUUAAAGCAAUGCUACCAAACAAUUUACUAAAAAUACUGAAGCUACACCACAUUUUCCAUAAGACCUGUGUUGACCCAUGGCUGUUAGAACACAGGACUUGCCCUAUGUGCAAAUGUGACAUUCUCAAAGCUUUGGGAAUUGAGGUGGAUAUUGAAGAUGGAUCCGUGUCCUUACAAGUCCCUGUAUCCAAUGACGCAUCCAAUAGUGCAUCGCCCCAUGAAGAAGAUAACCGCAGUGAGACUGCAUCCUCUGGAUAUGCUUCAGUUCAGGGAGCAGAUGAACCACCUCUGGAGGAACAUGUGCAGUCUGCAAAUGAAAAUCUACAGUUGGUAAACCAUGAAGCAAGCUCAGUGGCUGUGGAUGUUGUUCCUCAUAUUGACAACCCAACUUUUGAAGAAGAUGAACCUUCUGAUCAAGAGACUGCUGUUCGAGAAAUUAAAUCAUAAAAUCUGUAUCCACAGAAAAUCUGAACCUUUAGUAAUAACAGGACUGCCAAUCAGGGCCUAGUUUACUAUUAAUGAACUGGGUAAACAUAAUAAACUAAGAAUGAUAUUGAAAGUGCUGAGAUGACUAAUAUUAUACUAUAGUUAAAUGACUUAAAAUAUUUAACCUGUUAACUUUUUCCACAAACUCAUGAUAAUGUUUUCAUAGGCAAGUUUCCUCUGAAUAGUGAUCACAUUUUUAAACAGUCAAAUUGUCUUCAAGUAGUCAUAUUUUUCAUUUAUAACAACUUUCUUAUAAAAACAUGUUGCUUUUAAAAUGUGGAGUAGCUGUAAUCAAUUUAUUUUAUGAUAGUAUCUUAAUGAAAAAAUACUACUACUUUUAGCUUGGGCUUUAUGUGUCAGGGGUUUUUCUCCAGGUGCUUAUAUUGAUCUGGAAUUGUAGUGUAAAAAGCAAUGCAAACUUAGGCUAGCACUUCAUGAAAUGUCUAUUUAAACUACAUUAAGUUGAUAGAAAAAGAUAAAGCAAAAUAUUCAUUUUUCACUUUCUCUUCUUUUUCAUAUUAAGAUCAAUAGGUAAAUGUAUUUCAUCUGCGUGCCGAGCAUAGUUUAUCAAACACUAUGCACUGAAAUGAUCGACUGGUAUAUUAGUGACACCAACUUGACACAAGAUUAUAGAUGACAAGGUUUCUUAUGAAAAUAUUGUACAACUCUUUCUCAAAUGGGGAUUUUCAAAAGCACAGUAUAUAAACUACCAUACUGCUGGAAAAUGGUAAUGACAAAGAAAAUCACACCAAAAUUGGUCAUUGAUCUUUGCGCAUGAAUUAAUGUACAAAAAUCGUCCUGUAAACUUAGUGUAUAGAAAAUGUUUUCCAAAUACAGUUGACUCUGAAAAUCGAGUUUACAUUUGACCAAAAUGGGCUAAAAUUAUGUUAAACUAAAAUUUUGUCCAUGUAACUAUAAUUUUGUGAAUGCAUUUCCUUGGUGUUUGAAAAAAAAGAAUUGAGGGGGGGGGAAUUAUUCCAGGUGCCUUAAUAUAAAGUUUGAAGCUUCAUCCACCAAAGUUAAAUAGAGCUAUUUAAAAAAAGCACUUUAUUUGUAUUCUGUGUGGCUUCUCUUUGUUUUAGUUUGUUUCCAGUGCAAAUUCCAGCAGAAUUUAGACAAAAAUAGAACAGAAAUGUAUUUUUGUUUGCUGAAUAUAGAAUGGAUGAAACCAUUGCAUUCUUGUACACUGAUUUGAAAUGCUGUAAAUAUAUCCCGAUUUAUAUUGAUUCUCUUUAAAUAUAAAAUGUAAAUAAAAUAUUCCAAUAAAAGUGUGUGGUAUGGUAUUUAAUUUAGCUAGAAUAUGCUAACUUUUCCUAUAAAAUAAGCCUGGGAUUGAGAGGAAAAAAAGAGUUGGA